CCGAAACAUGGAAAAUGAAUGGUCAAAGGUCAUGUUAGGCGCCUACGUUAAAUGUGUGACCUUGACCACUGAAACUUAUUAUUUUUAAUUGGCUGUCACACACAGAAAACUAAUAUAACAAUUUGAAAUGAAUAAUCUAGGCCUUAGAGGUUUGCUUCAACUUCAUCGCAUAAAAGCGCUAUCCAAUAACAAUCAGCCAUUGAGAAGUCUACUUGCUAAUAAUAAUACUAAUAACCGUAAUUCAUUGAGUACCUACUUUGGUCAGACACAAAAAACGCCUGAAAAUACACUCCCAGAUGGACAAUUACGCUAUUCAACAAAUAAAAAAUGGCAUGCAAUUAUGAAUUUUGUUAACAAGCCAAAAGAUACACCACCAUAUCAAUAUCAAGUUGUUAUAGUUUGCACCUUGAUCACUGCAAUCUAUUUUGCAUUCUUUCGAGGCAGAUCUGAACUUGAUGAUGUGCUGGAUCAAAACUUUGAGAAUUUUCAUAAACAAAGAUUGAAACAGAAGUGAUUCUGUUAAAUAUUGUAGCAUUUGCAUAGCUCUUUAAUCUUUCUCUCUCUCUCUCUCUCUACUAUUAUUUCUACAUAUUUGCUAGACCUUGGUCAUUGUUUUUUUUAUCGAAACACAACGUAUAUCUUUUAUCU